AGAAGAAACAUUAUAGUAUUAUACAACCAUAAAACCAUUUUUAAUUUUUCUUAGAGCAAAUUCAAGUUCAAAUUCGACAUUGACAUAGGUCAAUGAGAUUAUUUUUUAUUAGAUUUUCGAAAUGUUUUCCAGACAUAUUACUGCAGUUGUUGGUAUUUCAAGUUUUUGCCUUGGAAUAUGGAUGGAUAGACAAUAUAGGGAAUUAAAUGCAUUGCAUAGAAUACCAGGAUUUAAAAUAUUUGAUGCUGUGUACGCUGAUGGAAUUGUUACCAAUAAUCAGGAACUAAUUGUUAAUAAUGAACAGCGAAUAUCUCAGAUUAUGAAAUAUGGAUUUCCAAGUUUGGAUAAUGUACGUUCGUAUAAGAAUUUUGUUCUUUCUUAUGACCAAAGAAAUCGUAUACCCCAUUGGGUUCUAGAACACCUCACACCAGAAAGCAUACAGUAUAAUCCUAAUGUAGAUAGAGCGUCAUGUGACUUUUAUGAAGAUAAUUCAUUUCAUGAGUUUUUUCGGGCUACAAAUAAAGAUUAUAAGAAUAGUGGUUUUGACCGUGGACAUCUAGCAGCAGCUGGAAAUCAUAAAUCAAGUCAAGAAUUAAUUAAGCAAACAUUUGUCUUAUCAAAUAUUGCUCCACAAGUUGGUAAAGGAUUCAACCGAUCAGCUUGGAAUAAUUUAGAAAAAUAUGUUAGAAAAAAAGCAAAACAUAAUAAAAAUAUUUAUGUUUGUUCAGGUCCACUUUUUUUGCCUAAAAAAGGAGAUGAUGAAAAAUUGUGGAUCAAAUAUCAAGUAAUUGGUGACAAUCACGUUGCUGUUCCCACUCAUUUUUAUAAAAUUAUUGUUACUGAAAGUACAGAGUCUAAGUUUUAUUUAGAAUGUUAUAUAAUGCCGAAUCAAGUGAUUCCUGACGACAUACCGUUAAAAGACUUUCAAAUGCCUUUGGAAGUAAUUGAGCGUGCAUCAGGAUUACAAUUUUUUAAGCGAUUGACACUUGAUAAAUUUACAAAACUUAAUUAAUAAUUAGAACCAACAUAACUUAGUAUUUAACAUGUACAAUUAUGUAGGGUUUAGAUAUAUUAUUAUUUUAAUCAUAAUAAAAUUAUAUUUUUACCUACA